GUCUUCCUGGCCAGUGGGGGUCGCUGUCUCCCGUGUUGACGUAUGACGUGGCAGGUUGUACGUCAUCACAUUUCGUCGAACAAGAUGAGCGACCAACUCUUCCAAAUCACCACCCGCAUCUGGUUUUCUCACACUUGCUAAAAGGAAGCCGGCUAAUUUCUUCAUCAUCGUGAGCUUUUCUGCUUGACGUGACAGCCGACCCCCUGUCGUCAUUAUUGCGUUAAAUUGAUGCAACAUGAGGAAAGUGGCUCUCCUGCUUUCAACCUGUGUGCUCUUCUUCCUCCUCCUGAGCACCUGCCGAACAGCCAGACAAGGUCAAGACAUCCGAUGUGGAGCUUGCAGGGCCCUGGUGGACGAGAUGGAGUGGGCCAUCUCCCAAGUUGACCCCAAGAAAAUGAUCCAGACAGGCUCGUUUCGAAUCAAUCCAGAUGGUAGUCAGUCCAUCAGGGAGGUUCCUCUGGCACGCUCUGAGGGAAACCUCCUGGAGCUGUUGGAGAGCGUGUGCGAGAGGAUGGAGGACUAUGGCGAGCACUUUGACGAUGCCACCACCAGGAAGUCUUACAUUCGGGUCAAAUCUCGCAACGGUGAGGCCAUGGACCUCUCAGAGGCAACGCUGGAUUCAAGAAUCACCAGCAGUUUAAAAUUUGCAUGUGAGGCCAUUGCUGAGCAGCAUGAAGACGAACUCAUCGAAUUCUUCUCUCAUGAGACAGAAAAUGUCAAAGACAAACUCUGCAGCAAGCGAACAGAUCUUUGUGACCAUGCUCUGAAAAUCCCACACGAUGAACUUUGACAUCCUCACGCCAUGGCGUCAGUCUCUCUUCAGCUGAUAAUGGCCAGCUCACGCCAUGGCGGUGGCGACGGAGGCGAAAAUAACUGCACAGAUUCCAAAUGUUGAGAAGUUGCUUUAGUCAUGGAGUAUAAGGGGAUUGUGUUGACUUUUUGUUUUUAGUACCAUUUCAUCACCCCUUAUAUCUCUACCUCACAUCAGCAUUCUCUCUUUAAUUAGACAUUAUUUUGACUGUGAAACUGUUCAAACUUAGUUGCAGGAUAUUUUAUGACGUAAAACCGCCUCCUUUAGAAUGCUUAUAAAGAAAUAGGAGAGGAAAUAAUACGACCCUUUGGAUAAAUUUGCUAGACUGUUGAAUAUGUUUCACAAGUGUUCACACCCACCAAAUAUUUUGCUGUCAUUUUUCUACUAUUUUCAAUUGUAUGAACCCAAUUUUUGUAUAAAUGUCAGAUUUCUGCA